GUGUAGAGGCCUCGGUGACGCACCCACGAGCACACACACGCUCACACACUCACUCACUCUCGCACACUCACUCCGCUCUGCGCCGCACCCGAGGAGACGUCGAAAGAACGUGACACUCCCGCGUUGAGAGAGGGCUCAUUCGACUCAAUCACAAACAUCAACAAGAAGGAUGCAGACGCGCUGGGCCGUCGCCUUGCUGUUGGUCCUCCUGGCCGUAGCCGCCGCGGCUGGGAAGAAGGACAAGCGUGGGGAGAAGAAGGCGAAGAAGUUGGACUCGGACUGCGAGAAGUGGAAGUGGGGCGCCUGCGUGCCCAACCAGCUGGACUGCGGGCCCGGCACGCGAGGCGGCACCCGCGGCGGUGCCGAGUGCAAGCAGACCAGCAAGACCCUGCAGUGCAAGAUCCCGUGCAACUGGAAGAAGCCGUUCGGAGCCGACUGCAAGUACCGCUGGCAGAACUGGGGCGAGUGUGACGCCACCACCAAGAUGAAGACUCGCCAGGGCGCCCUGAAGAAGGCCAUCUUCAACGCCGAGUGCCAGCAGGAGGUGACCGUGUCAAAGCCAUGCGGCAAGAGGGGCAAGUCCAAGGCUAAAGCGUCAAAAAAGAAGGGCAAGGAGGGCAAGAGCAAGGGAGGAUCGAACUGAACGCCCCCCCCCCCCCCCCCUGCGCCGUGCCCGGCCACGGAACGUCUUCACGGGGGUCAGGCCAACAAGUCCGUCCGCAAAAUGUCUGGCCGACACUGGGAGAACAACCACACUAAAGGGGGCCCACGAGCUCGUCGGCAGCAUUCGGUGAUUAACGCUAGCACAUUACACACACACACUGACAUGCACGCGCACGCGCGUACGCACGCGCACAUACAUACGACGAUAUUUUAUUUCGAUUUUGUGUUUUUUCCCCCCGUCACGAUCAGAUCUUUCUCGUUGGUUUUUUUUUCUCGUCCCGAAUAAUCAACUGUGUAGAUUUGCUUUAGUGCGCAUGAAGCUGUGUGCAUCCGAAUGUUACCCCUGAUUAAACCUCCUUUCCGUACCGCUAGGAAGUUCGUGAUUUAGUUACGAACAUUUUAUAUUUUAAAGGUUUCCCCCCCCCCCUCCUCCCUCGCCCCUAUGUUUUUUGCUGCAGUAUACGAAAAUGUUCUAAUUUGAUUCAUUCGCUAAUUGAUAUUAUUACCCAAGUGUAUCUCCUGUAUUGGGGUUUUUUGUACUCUUUAAAUAAAAUAAGAAUAAAAACAUUUAAUACACUUUUUAAAAUCUUGCUAGAAAACUAAAUGUAAAAAAAAAAUCAAUGUUCAGUUUGUAGCUGAAGAUAGAAACACACGGUAUCCUUUUGAAGGCAUACUUGAAAAGUGCUUUUCUUUAAUAGCUGUUGAAUACAUACGAUCUGUUUGCAACUAUAAUAUGCUUCGGCCUCUGUGUAUUGCCAUUUAAUCGACAUUAAAAUGGUGAAAUGUUAUAGUCCCCCAAAAAACAAACCCCA